AACGCUUAACUCAAGUCUAAAAAUUAAACUGAUUGAGCAUACAUGAUUUUUGUCACGUCAUCGUUAUUUAACGGUCCUUGACAGAUUAGGUUUGUCCUGACGAAACAAGUGACAAAUGGGCAGGGUGAUUUAGUAAUAGAUCAUUAGAUUACAACAUUACAACAAGUAACACGCAGUUAGGUAUGGUCAGUUAAAAAUACACCACGAGCCUGCAACGCCGUAAAAAACUUGUGCCAAUACCGAACAAACUAAAUUUAAAUUUCGAACUUUUUUAAAGUCGGUGUUAACUGCAAAAAUGGAGCUAUCGAAAGUUUUUUAUCUGUGGACAGUGCUAACUUUUUUAGUGCUACAUUGUGUGAUGGUUGGCACGGAGCAGAGUCCUUUUGAACUGCCCGUCCAAUUAGUUGGUUUUCCAUUCAUAAUAAUGGCUGUACGAGUUACUUCUUUCCUCAAGAAAUUGUCGUACGCCCUCGAUCCAGCAACGUACCGCUCCAGGAACAGACGUCAACUGACUUUUGCAAGCGAUCCAGAGAAUUAUGACGUUCUAGAUGUGGAAAAAUAUAUCGUUGGUGAAUUCGGCGCCCGCGCAUGUGUAUUUGAGAGAGUGUGCGCACACUAUGCGGCGAGGGCCAGGAUUCAACCGAAGCCUCAAAUGGAUUGGCCUGAUGUUUUUAGCCAGUACAAACGUUCUCCUGACCAGGCCAAAGAGUUGUACCUUCUCAGCGUGUUCCUAGGAGAUAUCGUGGGGUCACCGCAACUUUGUCAUCAGCUGGGCAAGCGGCGAGGCUGCGAUGAUUCCUUACUUAGAUAGUACCUAUAUUAACUAGGUCUAAUAAUCAAUUAAGUGUUAUGUGAUUUAAAGCAUACUUUAUGGAUUAAAACGUGUUUAAACACGUUUUACAAUUGACAGCAUCCAUUAAGUUAGCCCGUGGCGUCAAUGUAAUAAUUAUUGAAAGUAUAAUUCUACCUAUUUCCGUUAAAAAUUAAAUUUUAACUUCGUUUCCAAU